AUGAGAAAGAUUUGGAAUAGAAAAGAUAAAGAUAAACGAAAGAGUGUUUCUCACGAUACUAAUUCACCAAAUAUAUAUUCAAAUCAUCACUUUGAUUCUAAUGAACACUUGCCUACACAAUCACACCAACAAGGAUCGGAUCAAUAUUCUGACCACAAUCAGAAUCAUAAUCACAAUCACCACCGCAACCACCAACACCAACAUCACCACCUUGUCCACACUGAGUCACACGAGGAUACAACCAGUUUUGAUUAUGAAGAUAUGGCAUCCAUACACGAACAACCAUAUUCGUUAUCAGAUAAACAAUCCACAACUAAUACAUCUACCUUAUCAUCAACUACUGCUGCUUCUACUUUGGCAACACUGAAUAAUACUCAACCACAUACAUAUACAUCCACAUCUACAUCUAUUAGAGGAGUAGGAGCUACAGGAAAUAGUGGUAGUGGUGGUGGUGGCGGUACAACAAAAAAACUCAAUUCUCCCCAAUUCCAAUCGUCAGUUGCACCUAAUGUGAAAUUGAAUUCCUUAAUUAAACAUGAUCAUGAUACAACUGUUGGAAAACAUUCGUGGGUGAAUGGUGUUUUCAAUGGGACUGAAAUCAAUGAAAAUAAUUUGAAAUUGUACCGUGCCGAGUUAAAAGGAUCACAUUUAUAUCUUUACAAGGCACCAACAAAUUUGAAUGUCAAGAAGUUUCGAUUACAAGAACCUCCUAUACCCAAAGAAGUUGAAGCAAUGAUGAAGAAUAAUAAUGACAGUAGCAGCAGUAUCCAUAAUUUCAAUAAUAGUUCCACUUCAUUAGCUAACAGUAAUAGCAUUAAUGAAAAUGUCGUUUCUGAUCCUCCUCAACAUAAUAAUGACAAUGCAACAAUUGAAACUAAUGCUUCAACUCUAAUUGAUACCAAACCAUUAGAUGUUUCACAAAUCAGUAGCCCCAUUGUUCAAAAUACCCCAACAGCACAUCCACCUCCAUUGGGGAUGCGGAAAAAUUCCACCAUUGAAACCACAACAAUUCCAGUCAAUAGAAAUGUAUUUCAUACACCUUAUUCUAGUAGUAUCCCCAACACACCAGUAACUGCUCCACCUACAUUACCCAUUACUUCUUCUAUAGAUAUAUCAGAGCACAACAUUACAUAUUACAAAGUUGAGGUGCCACAUCCAGACUUAUUAUAUGAUUUUGAUACACAUCGAUUUUCAGCUCCAUUUUUCAAAGAUGGGAAAAAUUCAUUAGAAGCCAUUUUCCACUUUUUAUUGUUCAAUCAAGAUCCUUUGGAUACCCGUACCAUCAACACUAUAGUUGAUGUUUUGCCUAUUUUACCAGAUUUUGGGAAAAUCAUGAAAUUUUUCUCUCUUUACGUGCACACUAUAUUUGAGAAGAAAUUUGAGGGCAUGACAAACUUGGAAUUGGUUGUCUCCAGAGUUUUGCAGGUGUUGCAGAAUUUGGAAGAACAUUUUGAUGGAUUUUUAUUAAAAUCUGACAUUGCCCCCUAUAUUUUGAAAGUAUUGGAAAUGAUCAAUCAUUACAACAUUGAAGAUAUCACUAUUUUCAAAAACAAAAUGCUUCAAAAGCAACAAGUGUUGAUAGAUUUACUCAAUAAUGAUAAUUUACCACUUAAUGUUCAACCAUUCCAAGAUUUGAAUUCCACUGUGUUUAUGAAAGAAAUUAAUUUGAUUGAUUUUGCUUAUACCAUUAGUGAAAUUGAUUUAAAGUUUUUUAGUAACUGGAACUCUAAUAUUGACAAAUCCUUAUUGCUAUAUUCUUCAAUUAGCGAUGACACUAAUCGAGAUUUUUUCUAUAAAAAGAACCCUUUAAUAUUCAAUAAUGAUUAUCACAUUCAUUAUUUGUCAAGAUUGUUGGUAAAUCAUUUGUUUGUGGAAAAUUCGAGUAUGAACAUGAGUUCAGCCAAUUUGGAAAACAAAGCCAGAUUAUUGGAAAAAUGGAUUGAUCUAGGAUGCUUAUUAGAUAAAUCAGGUAACAUGUCAUCCUGGUUGGGUAUAUCAUCUGUUAUAUUAUCACAGCCGGUUUUGAGAUUAACCAAAAUCUGGUCGUUAGUGGCACCAGAUUAUAUUAGAUUGUUGAAAAGCGAUUGGUCACCUGUCUUGUUUGAGUUGGAUAGAAGGUACUUGGUUAAUGAGUCUACUAUUGAUCAUGGGAAGUCAACCCAUCUAGGAGGUAACGAAGAAUCCAGAGAUUUGAGCACUAAAGACUCCUAUCAUAUCAUGGCACCAAGAGGUUUAGGGAAAAUUUAUCCUAAGGAAAGAGUGAUUCCUUUCUUUGGAGAUUUAGUAAUCAACAACAGUGGGAACACUACCGAUAAGAGUGUUGAUAUUUAUGAACUUGAAUCGAUAUGGAAACGAGUAAAUUAUUCCUUUGAUAGAUGGAAUGACUAUUUGACCAACUUGACCAAUUAUGAUGAAAUUAUCAAGUACAAUGACGAUGUUUUACGUCGAUAUGAUUCUAUGGGAUUUAUAUUUUCUAAUGAGAGCUUAAACCAAGUAUUGUUUUUGGGUGCCAAUAAUAGUGACGAAAGGCAACUUGAAAAUCCACCAUCACCAAUAAAACGUCGAGAAGUAAACAAUGAUAUAAAGAAUAAGCUUUUGCGCUUGAUUGAAUUAAAUUGUGAUUCGAUAAAUAUGGAGAAAAUCAUGAAAUUAUCCAUAAACUUGGAACCAGAACUUCCUGAAGCAUAUUUGGAUGCAACCACUUCCAUUUCCGUUGCCCCUUCAACACUGCAAGAAUCAACAUUAUUGAAAAGCAAUAUUAAUAGAUCUAAUUUGUCUGUCAAUUCAAUUGAUUCAUCAGGUUCUCUGAAUGAGACUCCAUUGAGUGAAUCUAACCCUGCUUCUCGAAUUCCUAGUUUUAAUAACAAAUUUUUCAAAAUUGAUUUGGGCAAAUAUGAUGAGUUGAUGAAAUCAGGUGAUAAAAAGGACUCACCACCAUUAGAUCCAUCUGUGAACAAACACAAUUUUGUUAUUGACAAUGAAUUGACGUUUAGAAUUGAUGAUUUUAUAUCUGAAUUAGAUAAUAGCUCUACUAGUUCUGUUACUGGUGGUGGUGCUGUUGGAGCCGGUGGUGGAUAUGACGAUUUUGCCGGAGGGGAUGACGAUGAUGAUGUUCCAGGAUUGGGUAUUGAUGUUGAUGAUAUUUUGAAUUCUGAUAAAUUCACAAACUUUCUGAUGUCACCAAAAGCUAAUAAUUCCAAAUCUAAUAAAAGGAAAUUAAGCAUGGAUGGAAGUAUGAAAAAAAUUUACAAAUUCAUCCCUAAAUAUGCUACCGUUGACAGGUUGAUUGACUUGUUGUUGCUUGAUUCCAAAUAUUUCCACCGUGAUGUCCACCUUGAUUUAACUGAAUAUAGAUUUGUUUUUUUAUUAAACUACAAUUCAUUUAUGACAACAAAGGAAUUAUUAGAUAAAUUAGCUCACAGGUUUAUAAAUUCAGGAAACGCGGUGAUAUCGGUUAUGAAAAAGAAUUAUUUACUCAAAAAAUUGAAUCAUGAAUCGGACAAGACGAAAAUGGAACCAAAUUUUAACCAAGGAAACCCACAAUUGGCUAUGAAUUUCCCAAACUGGAAUUUGGAUACUGCAGUAGAUUUGAAUGAGUUGGGAGACGUUGACUAUGAAUUGUUACUCAAGAUCCAGAUCAAUAUAUUAAAAGUGUUGAUUGUUUUGAUAAAUAAUUUUUACUCCAAUUUUUCUUUGGAUUUGGCCAACAAGAACAUAUUAAUCAAAUUACUCAAAUUGUUCAGUAAUGAAAUUUUACAGUGGUACAAUUCAAACAAAAUCGAUAAUACUUUGGAGAAAUCAUUUGAGAGUUUGGUAACUUAUUAUAAAAAAUUGAAGAAAUUGUUUGUGAAAAAAACUUAUCGACCAGUUGAAGUGCUGAAAUUUGAUGAAUAUUUGAUUUCAGAAUUUAGAUUCAACAAUUCACUUCACGAAGUGCCCAUGAAUAGAAAUUUGCCAAGUCAUAGAAAUGUUCAUAAAAUUGAAAAGUUUUUGUAUAAAUUCAACAAAUUAUUAGCUGUGUUUUACAAGGGAAUAAAAACUGAAGAUUGGGUUAGGGUAUACAAGAUUUUGGAAAACUCAUUUGAAAAGAAUGCCUUGUUAGAUUUCAGUUUACAAAAACCUACAGUACUGGAUGAUCAAUUAAUAAUUUCCAAUAUAUUCAAUUUUUUUGAAUCUUUAGUCAUUCCAGAUGAACGUCAAUUGUUGUUGAAAAAAUUCCCACUUGUUUUCCGUAAAUUGUUCAAAGUGUACUUUAAAUUCAAAAGUUAUUUGUUGGUGCAAUUGACUGAUUUGAACAUAACCACUGAUGAAAGAUUAGAUAGAAUGAAAACAUUAUUGAUAAUGGCUGAAGUAUCGAAAUUAAAAAUGAGUGAUAAUCAAUUUAUUUUUGAAGGUAGUGGUAAUAUUCCAUCAUGUAUUGAGACAGCAAUUAUUAAUGUGAUUUAUUCCCCCGAGAGUCGUAAAUUUUCGAAUUUAUGGGUAAGGGCAGCUCAAACAUUAACCCAUCGUGAAGGGAAUUUUGAUAGCGUUGAACUGUUAUUGCCACCAAAUAUCACUAUCAAUGAUUUACAAUCGACUGAGCCAUUAUUGCCAUGUUUUGGAUGGAUCAUUGAGAAUUUGAUUGAAACUGAUAAAUGUCCUUCCUAUUUUAAAAAUCAAAUCAAUUUUAACAAGAGAUAUUUGAUUUAUAAGUUGAUUAGGGAAUUAAGUGUGGAAGAUUUUGAAGGUGAAUCGGGUUCUAAUGAUUUCACUUUUAAUGAAUCUCGUGAGUUUGACUUUUUAUUGAAAUUGGAUGAAUCAUUAGUGAAUCAACAAAAUCUUAGAGAAUUUUCUCCUGUUGACAAAGCUGAAAUUUUCCAAAGAAUUAUGAAAGAUCAACAUCAAAUUUUAGUUGUUGAUAAUCAAAAGAAACAUAUUAGAGAUUCUAAAAGACUCAUUAAGGGUACAAACAAUUUAUCUAUUCGUUCUGCCACCAAUAGCAGUUUCAGUAAUGUUCAUAGUGGAAUUAGUGCCAGCACUAGCAACACUACCACUGCUGCCGGCAAUACCAAUAACAAUAACAAUAACAAUAACAACAACUUCAACAACAACAACAAUAAUAAUGCAUUAAGUGGAAUGCACAAUUUGACGAGAAAAACAUCAAAUACAUCUUUGAAACGUCAAUCAUUAUCAUACAAAUCAAGCUCAUCAUCUAGAUUCAAAAUAAGUGGAUUAUUUACCAAAUCAAGGCCAUUUUCUUUAACUGGAAACACAUCCACUCCAGAAAGAGUUGUUAAUAUUGAAGAAUUACCAAAUCCAGAAGAUUCGAUCGAACCAAAGCAAAAGCCAGUUGUUGUGAUACCUUUAAAAAACAGAAAGAUUUUCCCUGUAUACCUUAUGCCAUUGUGUUUUAAAAUUGAUUCUGAAACAACUAAUGAUCAUUAUUUUUUCCAAGCUACAAAUGACACUGACUUGAAUGAAUGGUUAAUUAAAUUAAAUUACGCUAAUAGACAUUGGUUUUAUUCACGUAUUCUUAACAACAAAACUACAAACAAUAAUCUUGUCUUUGGCGUUCCAAUUAGUUUUAUUUGUGUUAGAGAAUUAUCUGUUGUUCCGAAAUUUUUGGAAGCCAUAUUCCAAGAAAUUGAAUCCGAAGGAAUCAAAGAUGUUGGUAUUUAUCGUAUCAGUUCUUCCAUUAGUGAGUUGACUAGUAUUAAACAAACGAUUGAUAGAACAGGUACUAUCAAUUUCAAUGAUCGGGGAUAUGAUACUCAUGCUUUGACCAGUAUUGUCAAAUCCUAUUUCCGUGAAUUACCAGAUUCAUUAAUAACUGAUGAUGCUAUUAGUCAAUUUUAUGAAUUGAAGUUGGAACAAGAAAAUAAAAACCAAACCCCAGAUCGUGAUGCAUUUGAUUUGAAUGCUUAUCAAAAAAUUUUACAUUCAUUACCAGUGGUCAAUUUCAACACUUUAAAAAUUUUGGUAAAGCAUUUGAAUAAAAUCAGUGAACAUAAAGAAGUUAAUAAAAUGACACCAUCAAAUAUUGCUACGGUGAUAGGGCCAGCAUUAACAGAAUCUAGUAAUUUGGAUAUUUUGAUUAAUAAUUUUGGGUUUAUGAAUUUGGUUUUAGAAAAAUUGAUUAAUAAUUAUCACGAAGUAUUUGAUGAUAGAGAAGAUGAAAAGAAAGACAUUGAAUCGGAUUUAAAUCACGCGCAGGGACAAAAUUCAGAAACCGAGAUUGAAAGUCAACAACAAGAGCAACAGCAAAAUCAUCAAUAUGAACAAGAACCUGAACAUGAACAUCAUAUUCAAAUUCAAGUCAAACCAGAAUGUGAACCCCAACGUGAACCUCAACGUGAACAAGAACGCGAACACGAACGUCAACACGAACGUCAACACGAACGUCAACACGAACGUCAACACGAACGUCAACACGAACUUGAACGUGAACAAGAGAACAAACACGAACAAAAACAAAAACAAGAGUAUGACUUUGGUAUUAAGCAUCAGCAUGAACAUGUUGAUGUAAAGGUGGAUCUGAAAUUGGGAGAAAGACAAUAUCAACAACAACAACAGCUGGGACUUGGACAAGAUAACAAUAACACCCCACGCAAGAACAAUGUUAUCCAAAGUGGUGUUGACCCAAAUGAUGAUGGUGUUCAUCAUCUUACGAAAGUAGUUUCCGAUGACACUACAAGAACCGAUAAGACAGUUACAAAACCCAAUCAAAAUUUCAUUGGUCAAGGUUUUGGUAAAGAAGAGGAGCUUAAAGUUCAAUUUUGA